AUGGCCCUUCGAUUCCCCCCUCCUCCUGGCCGAGGAACAAGCGCCACUCGCCGAUCUCGUGCCCGAGGCCUCAUCCCCGCCGACGACCAUGACCACCAGCAGCUCCUCGCGUGCCCCUGCUCCUCCCCAAGCAUGCUCCAGCAGGCCGUCCUCACCGCCCCGCGCCCGAGGCCCUGCCUUCUCCUCGUCCGCGCCAACCAAAGCCAGCAGGUCGCCGUCUCCUCAUACCCCUUCUCCCCUUUUCUCUGGUUCUCCUCUAACCUUCGCUCUCUGCUGCUCAUGAACCAGCGCCGGCCGCCGCCGUCCCGUUCGUCUUCCAGCGAGGCGAGGCACCGAGCUCCGCCGCAAGUCCCUCUACUGCUCUGCGUCGCGCUGCUGCUCUGCUUCCCGGACGACCUCGACGAGAGCCUCGCUCCCGCCCCCUCGGUCCCGUCGCCUGGAUCCCGCCGCCGGCGCCCCCAAGUCCCGUCCAGCCGCGCUGGAGCUUCUUCGAUGUCCCGCCCAAGUCCCAGCAAGCCGUCGUCCCCUGAACCUGGCCGUCUUCCUCUGCAUCGAGCCGGUACAUUCGUCCGCGUCGACCACGGCCUCGCGUUGACCGCACCCCGCCUGCUUCCCCUUCGGCCUCCAAGGCCAGCUCAAGCCGACCCAAGCCAGAUCCGGCCUGCCCGGCCUCCUCCACCGACCGGGCCAUGA